AUGUUUCUAGUGUGUGUUCACCCUCUUUCUCGUUUCCUCUCUCUCUCUCUCUUCCCCUUUUUCUCUCACAGGACCUGUGAAGGGCAGAAUAUCAAAUAUCGUACAUGCAGUAACGUGGACUGCCCUCCAGAGGCCGCAGACUUCCGGGCGCAGCAGUGCUCGGCGCACGCGGACGUGCGCUACCAGGGCCAGUACCACGAGUGGCUACCCGUGGACAACGACCCCGACAACCCCUGCGCCCUGAAGUGCCUGGCCCAGGGGUCCGGGCUGCUGGUGGAGCUGGCCCCCAAGGUGUUGGACGGGACGCGCUGCUACACCGAGUCCCUGGACAUGUGCAUCAGCGGCGCCUGCCAGAUUGUCGGCUGUGAUCAUGAGCUGGGCAGCGCUGCCAAGGAGGACAACUGCGGCGUUUGCAACGGAGACGGUUCGUCCUGCCGGUUGGUCCGUGGACACUACAAGUCCCAGCAUGCCUCUGGGAAAACGGAGGACACGGUGGUGGUCAUCCCCUACCGGAGUCGCCACGUCAGACUGGUCCUCAAAGGUCCGGAUAGCUUGUACAUCGAGAGCAAGACGCUCCAAGGGGUGAAAGGAGAGCUUUCCCUGGAGGCGUCGGGUCAGCAGCGUCUGGAGAACACCACCCUGGACUACCAGAAGCACCCGGACAAGGCCGUCAUGAGGAUCGCUGGGCCCCUGGGGGCCGACUUCACGGUCAAAGUCCAGUACGCAGGCGGCGGCGGGGCGGCGGACAGCGUGGUCCAGUACAUCUUCUACCAGCCCAUCGUCCACCGCUGGCGGGAGACCGACUUCUUCCCCUGCUCUGUGACCUGCGGCGGGGGCUACCAGCUGACCUCGGCCGAGUGCUUCGACCUCCGCAGCGAGCGCGUGGUGGUGGACCAGUACUGCCACUACUACCCCGAGAACGUCAAGCCCAAGCCCAAGCUGCGCGAGUGCAACAUGGACCCCUGCAUGGCCAGUGACGGAUACAAGCAGAUAAUGCCCUACGACCUCUACCAUCCCCUCCCACGGUGGGAGAGCAGUCCCUGGACGGCGUGCUCGGCCUCGUGCGGGGGGGGCCUUCAGAGCCGCGCCGUCUCCUGCGUGGAGGAGGACCUCCAGGGCGUCGUCACGGCGACCGAGGAGUGGAAGUGCCUGUACGUGCCCAAGGCCGCCGUCAUGCAGCCCUGCAACGCCUUCCACUGCCCCACCUGGCUGGCCCAGGACUGGUCCCCGUGCACGGUGACGUGCGGCCAGGGCCUGCGCUACCGGGUGGUGCUGUGCAUCGACCACCGGGGGCUCCACGCCGGAGGGUGUAGCUCCACCACCAAGCCCCACAUCAAGGAGGGCUGCCUGGUGACGGUGCCCUGCUACCGGCCCCUGGAGACCCUCCCCGUGGAGGCCAAGCCCGUCUGGCACAAGCAAGCCAUCGGGCUGGAGGAAGACGAGGAGGAAGAGGAGGAGGUCAGGGCGAGCGAGGAGCCAACGUUCGUGCCGGGCCCCUGGGGGCCGUGCAGCAGCUCCUGUGGCUCCGGGGCCCAGGCCCGCAGCGUGCGGUGCCAGGUGCUGCUCUCCUUCUCCCAGACGGUGGCCGACCUGCCCGACGACGAAUGCGAGGGCCCCGAGCCCGCCAGGGGCCGCCGCUGCUACCGGGCCCCGUGCACCGGGGGCGGAGCCUGGGACGAAGACGAGGACGAAGACGAGGAGGAGGAGGAGGAGGAGGCGAGAGAGGAGCUCCACGACUGGGAGUACGACGGUUUCAGCGAGUGCUCUGAGAGCUGUGGUGGAGGCCUGCAGGAGGCGGUGGUCAUCUGUCUGAACAAGCAGACGCGGGAAGCCGCCGAGCAGAGGGUGUGUGUGAGCUCCCGCCGCCCCCCCCAGCUCCUCCAGGACUGCAACACACAGCCCUGCCCACCCAGGUGGCAGACGGGGGAGUGGAGCUCCUGCUCGGCGACCUGCGGCGUGGGCCUGAAGACGCGGGCCGUGGCCUGUACCCACCGGCCCGCCCGCGGCAGCAACGCCACCAGGGCCGUGCGGGACGAGGAGUGCCCCCCCUCCAAGCCCGUCCCGGUGCAGGCCUGCAACCGCUUCGACUGCCCCCCCUCCUGGGACCCCCUGGAGUGGGGGAAGUGCUCCCGUAGCUGCGGCGGGGGCGGCGUCCAGCUCAGGGAGGUGGUGUGCAGGCAGCAUCUGGCCGACGGCAGUGCCCUGCCUCUGCACGAAUCCUUCUGCCCGUCCACAGUGCCCGGGAGCCAGCAGCCCUGCGCCAGCCAGGACUGCCCGCCCCAGUGGCUGACCGGGGUCUGGUCCCAGUGCUCGGUGAGCUGUGGCAGGGGCCUCCAGAGGGUGGAGACAGUGUGUGUCACGCAGCGAGAGAACGGCAGCGUUCAGACCCUCUCCCAUGACGCCUGCUCCACGGCCCCCCGGCCAGCCAGCGUCCGGACGUGCACCAUGAGGCCCUGCGACGAGACCACCCGGCUGGAGAUGGCCAAGCCGGAGCCCACCAUCCUGGCUCAGAGCCGGGUCUACAUCCAGCGGAGGAAGGGCAAGAAGCUGCAGCUGGUGGUGGGCGGCUACGCCUACCUGCUCCCCUGGACGUCGGUGGUGCUCCGCUGCCCCACGCGCCGCUUCGGCAAGGGCCGCGUCCAGUGGCUGAAGGACGGCCGCCCGCUGGCCGCCCUGCCCCACCUCUCCCUCACCGCCCCCGGACACCUCAAGAUCCACCAGCUGGACGCCGCCGACGUGGGCGUGUACACCUGCGUGGCGGGGACGGCCCGGGAGAGCUUCGUGCUCAAGGUCAUCGGCAGCAAGCAGAAGCCGUCCUGGCCGGGCGCCGGGGGGGCGUGGCUCCACGGCAUCGGCGGCGGUCCGGGGCGGAAGAGAGGCGGGCCGGACGCGCCGGAGAUCCCGCAGGAGCUGCGCGACGCCUUCGGGCGCUACGACGACGUGGCGCGGCGGCUGCUCGACUUCAAGGCGCCCGCGACGCCGUCCGGCGAGAGGAACGGGAACGGGUCGGCGCCGGGGGACGUGGCGACGACGGGCGGAGGGCCGUCCGAUCCGGCGCUGCUCGUCGCCGAGACGAAGACGCUGGACGCGGUCGUCCAGAGGCUCUCGGAGGGCCUCCGGGGGCCCCAGGAGGAGCUCCUCGUGGCCCGGCUGCUGGGCGAGAUGAGCGCCGCGCGAGGGGACACCAACGAGUCCACGCUGCACCCUCUGGAGCGGCCAGAGGCCUCCCCCUCCACGGGGGGGUCUCUGCCGUACAGGCCCGGCGGCAGGGCCCACACCCCCAGACCCAGGGCCCCGGUCUUCCUCCAGCGGCCCGGGGCGACGGGGGCCUCUGAGGUGAGCGUGCAGGCGGGGGCGCCGGUGACGCUGCAGGGGCAGGUCGACAGCCUGGAGGUGAGGUGCGAGGCAGCGGGGCACCCGGCCCCGAGCCUCAGCUGGACCCGGGACGGCCGGGUGAUCAGCGCCGACGCCAGGGUGGAGCUGCUGCCGACAGGAUCCCUCCGGCUCCUGUCCCCGGGCCGGGAGGACGAGGGGGUGUACACCUGCACCGCCUCCAACCGCCACGGCACCACCUCCGCGGCCACACGCCUCCACAUCUCAGGUCCAGGUUGUCUCCAUGGAAACGGUGGCACGGCGACAGACGGCUCCAUCUGCCCCGACUCAACCGACAACAGCAAGGCGUCUGAGCUCUGUCAUGGACAAGCCUGCCCCCUCAGGUGGCGGGUGGACGGCUGGUCGACCUGCUCCGCUAGUUGUGGAGGGGGCACCCAGGGCAGGAGGGUGACCUGCGUGGGGGGCCCGGACCGGAGGCCCCUGGAGCUGGAGAGCCAGCGCUGCUCCUCCGCGGGGAGGACGCCGCCCGCCGAUACGAAGCCCUGCAGCCUGCAGCCCUGUGUGGGGUGGACCUCCGGCCACUGGGGGGGGUGCCACGGUCACUGUGUGGGACCCAGCCUGGCCACUCAGCGGCGCGCGGUUCACUGCCAGGACUCCAACAGCACCAGGGUGCCGAACAGACUGUGUCCCGGGCCGCAGAGACCGAGCUCCCUGAGGAACUGCUCGUCGGAGGCCUGCGCGCUGCACUGGCGCACCGGCCCCUGGACCCAGUGCACCGCCACCUGCGGUCGCCAUGGUUUCCAGUCCCGCCACGUGACGUGCGCGGACCCCAAGACGGGCCGCGGCAGCCGGGACCACCAGUGCUCCUGGAGGCCCCGCCCCCCCGGCUGGCAGCGCUGCAACCUGACGUCGUGCGGACGAGCGGAGGAGUGCCGUGACAGCACGCGCUACUGCGAGAAGGUCCACCAGCUCCAGCUCUGUGUCCUCCCCCAGUUCAAAACCCGCUGCUGCCAGUCCUGCCGAGACACGCCCGGAGACACGCCCUGAGACACGCCCGGAGACCCUGGACACCGGAGGACGCCCGCCCAAUGACAACGACGACGACCACUGGUCACACACCGGCUGGGUGAGGGGGAGGACUGUACUGGACUGGACUGUGGCCCACUCCAGGCUGGGUGAGGGGGAGGACUGUACUGGACUGGACUGUGGCCCACUCCAGGACUCGAAGACGUUGGUGUAGCCCUGGCAACAAAGCCUUCAGUUUAUUUAUUGUGUUUUCUUUUUAAAUCUAACUGGAGUUCAUGACCCUUGCUUUUAGAGGCCAGAAGCGACCUGGAGGGGUUUUAUAGUGGGGGGGGUAACUUAAUAGCGAUGGCUUCCUAACGGACAGCUGUGUUGAACUGCCUUUGUAUGCUACUCUAUGCCAAAUUCACAACCCGUGUUUCACAGAGCCACUGGAGUUUGAAAUGUCCCAUUUUGACAAAGUAUCGUUUAAAUAGUAAGGAGAAUCCAUAGGGUGUGCUAACAGGAGAAUGCCAUGCCAAAGAGCCUUUCAUAAAGAGAAAGGCAUGUUAUGUAGUUUGCACGACCUGCUUAAAGACAUUUUCUUUAAACCAUUCAGGUAAAAAAAUACAAUCCCCCAAGAUGAAACCUCGCAAUUUGUGUUCUGGUAUCUUCAUUGGACGAAAUGGGUUUCCAUCAUAUUGCACUACUAUGAGACACAACUUCUUUAGGGAAAAAGAAAAUCUGACUUUUGCACUCGAAACUCCAAGUCUAUGUAAGGGACAUGGCUUGGUGAGUUGUUGUUUUUUAUCUCCUCUUUGUAAAUGUUGCAUUUGGAUGUUUUAUUUUUCUUCUUUUCUGACAUGAUUUGGUGACUUUAGCCAAACUGUUGGAAUGUUCCUUUAACCACUUUGACUCCAUGACAUAUCGGAACUCAAGGCCAAGCAAAGUCUUUGCUUCUACCAAACCCUCCUGCUACCAAAGAAACAUACUAUAGUAUGAUUUAUAUUAUAGUGAUACUACUAAAAUCGAAAAUACUAACUUGACACAGGCUGAUUGUUGUUUCAGAAAUAACCUGAGCAAAUAACCUUUUGAACCUGUUUUUUUAUUGGGCCACGUUAACAUUACUGGCCAAAUGGUAACACUUUACAAUAAGGGAACAUUAAUUAACCAUUAAUAAACAGCAAUACGCAUUAUUAUAUAUAAAAUUAGCAUAUGGGUUAGUGGGUUUAAAUAAUGUAUUAUUGAAUACGUUAGUUGAUGCAAACACCAUUAAUGAAUUAUUACUUAUAAGCUAACUGUUAAUUAGCUGUUAGAUAAUGCUUAUUACCAUAUUAACUAAUGGUAAUUAGGGGUUAUUUAAUGUGGCCCCUUGUCAAGGGGUAUUGGCAAUUUUACCUGAAUAAGUAUAGCUGAUACAGAUCAGAUGGGAACAUUGUGAAUCAAAGAUGGGGCGUGUUCAUGUGCAGUCCUAGAUUCAACAAAGACCUCCCUGAUCUCUGCAUACUAACCUUCUAAGGAAAUCUAAGGAAGAAAUCUGGAAAUUUAGUGUUAUUGGGCCGGUAAUGUGUACAUUGACUAAUAGAUGAGUCAACAUGGCCACUGUAAAAUAAAGUGUGAUCUGGGUAGAAACCUUUUUUGUUAAUUUAUUAACUGUAAAUGACUGCUGGGUUUGCACUUCGAGCCUUCGUCUUAUGUCCUCAGCAAAUGUCCCCCGUUCAUCAACCGCAGGAACAUUAUCUUCAGUAGAAAAUAAGGUCAUUAGCAAGUAACGUUUUAAAAUGGGAUCAAAGCCCUGUUACAGCUUUUAGUCUUUAAAAGCUCAAACUUGUCAACCUUUCACGACUCCUUUCAAAAAAUAAUUUAAUUCAGUGUUUGAUCUAUAAUCUUAAACAAUUUAUGUCACGCUAUUGUAGUUUACACAAACAAGAUUUUGUUCUUUGGAUGUUAGGCGGCUUUCAUCAAGAACAAUGAUGAGUUAUGUAGAUAUGACAUGUUUGUUUAUUCAAUGUUUGCUGAAGAUAAGAUGUUUUUUUCUUUGAACUAUUUAUUUCCGUGUGUUGUUGUGGAACUGUGAGUUUUCUUUUUGUUGUAAAUACUACAAGGCUUGGAUGUUACUGAUAAUUUGCUCCCAGGUCAUACUAUUCAACGUGCAUGAAAUUGGGGCCCUCUACUGGUGAAGUGAUAUGUUGUCUUUCCAUGCAAGUGCCUGGUUAUUCACUAGACAAUAAAAUGAAAUACAUUCCUUCAACAACACGUGUGUCUUACUUCCACAAAGUGCAGUGUGACAGGAACAUGUUGUGUGUAAAUUUAGUCUACUAUUAAAAUAUAUUUUAUUUAUUGUUUUCAUAACCUGUGACUGAGACACUAA